AUGUCUGAAGAAGCACAAAAGUAUCCCCAUACCGUGGCAGCAUAUAUCGGAGAUGAUGACGGCGACCUCCCAUAUAGGUUGAUGGUAAUCAGUAACAAAGACAACAACAACAACAAUAAUAAUAAUGACAAUGACAACGGCGAGGGCGCCAAUAAAGGCACGAGCACUGAAGCGGUACAGCAACAGGCCAAAACAGUGGCAGCAGACAGUUCUCCCAUCUCGGAUACUGGGACCUGGGAAAUUGUCGACCGUACGGAUACGAAUUAG